CCUAAGGAGCAGUUUGGAUCCAUUCUUGGUGAGAGUCCAGAGCAGGAGAGGAGCUGUUUGCUGACCUCCGGGUUCCAGGGAAUAUGGAGAGGUGAGGAAAGGGAAGCUGCCUCCUCGUUCAGUCCCUGCACAGACAGCCACACCUCUGUGCUAUUUUAAGCAUCUAUUUAUCCAGAGGGGCCCAGGGAACAGAUUUCCACAGCUGUCACUUGAGGCCAGCUCCACACUCGGGGUUCCACCUCCUGCUGAACUGCUCCAAACGAUCAGUAGCAAAGGUGCCCCCACCCAUACCUCUUUGAGCCUGGGGUCAGGAGAAGCCCCUAGCCCUCACUGUCUUGAGGAUGGGUACAGGUGACACUGCUAGACACCGGGGCCUAGCAUGAUGGAGAGACCAACCAGUGCACAGGACACUGGUUGAAGACCUGCCAGUUCCUGGUGGGCUUGGGCUUUCACUCAGUCUCCUUGAGUCUCAGUUUUCCCUUCUGUAAAAUGGAAACAAUAAAUCCUUCUCUCUUAGCACUUGGCUGAGGGUUCGGCGAACUCAUUCACUUGGAGGUUUGUUGUACUGGUGAAGUCCUGGCCAGAGGUUAGUUAUAGCAGAGUACUUAACCCUUUGGGAUCCACUGCUCUGGGACCUCAAAGCAUGUUCAACCCAGCAGACUUAGCUGAAUUCUAUUCUGGACUAGAAUCUGGUCCAGGAAUGUGCUGGGAAAUCACAGUGCUAUAAGAGGGGAGUGUGUGUACCUGCAUGUGCAUGUGACCCAGGGUGGGGUGACCCAGCGUGCCCAGGCGGAAGAGAAGGCUCGUCUUCCAUAGACAGCCACUGGAACUGGGGGAUGUUACUGGCCUGGUUGCCCCAGGAUCUCCCUGUAUCCACGUUACCCAGGGCCCAGCUGCUUCCUUAAUCCUAGGAUGAGGCUGAAACUGUUGGGUGAGCAGGCGCAGACGGAAGUGCCAGGCUCCUCAUGCCUAGGAACUGGGCUGUCUUUUUCCAUACACUUAGAAAUCGGGUAACCUCUGAGCCAGAAGGGGCCCUAGGACUCAAGGAGGGUCAUUUCCUUGUUAAAAUGAUAAAGCCAAAACCAGGACUGGGAAAUCACUGGGCAACCAGAAAGUGUCAGGUCCACCCCUUGACCCCCGGCUGUCCCUCCUCCUGGAGCCCCCAUUCCUUUGUUCAUUCUGAGGUGUGACACCCACUCUGCCUUGACCCCCAAGAAGGAACCUUGGGGUCAGGGAGGAAAUGUGGCCUCCGAGAUUUGCUUUUUUUUGUUGGGCCUCCUCUACAGGAAUAGACAGGGAAGAGGAGGAAGACAUCUUGGUUUUAUUCCUAGAGAAGAUGGCGAUGAGCUAGACAAGACAGAGGGACGCUAUAUCUGUCCCCUCUUCGGAGCCUCGGGGUCUUUCUCCUGACCCGCCAGGUCUUCCAAGCUGUGGCUGGGGGUGUGACAGCAGUUCCUGUCCCUGGCCUUUCCUGUCUGUGCUGCAGCCAUCUCCCUCCGGGUGGAAGUGGACAGUCCUGAGGACGCUUGGGAGAGAUUCAGUGAGGGAAAAGCUGCUUUUCAGCCUUCAGGAGGGACGAGCCUGUGUCCCCUGCCUUGGGAUCUUCUGCCUGAGAAACAAGAGCCACGGAAAGCCCGACAGAGACAGACGCACACAGGAGAACUAGAUCUGCUGGGGCCCGCCGCUCACCAGCAGGGGGCGCUGGAGGCAGAGUGUCAAGGUGCAGCGCUGUCUCCGAGAUGUCUCCCUUCGGCUUUGGCCCCUUGCAGCUCCACGCUGAUAAGUUCACUGCCUUCCGAGAUCCUCAGCUACUCCUCUAUCCAGCUGGACUUUGCCAGCAGAGAGGAACACUGGUUUCCACCCUUGUUUUGAGCGGCUUGGAGGAAGGGCUCUGCCGGGAAGCGCCAGGCCCCGCCCACCUGGCGUCCCCGCCCACCGCCACCUGCGGGCUGGCCUGGCCCCAGGGUCUGGACAACCUGUUUCUGGGAGACGGAGGAACUGCAGGUCCUGCACAAGCCAGGGGCCCCUGAAGCUUUAGACAGAAGCACGGCCACAAGAGAAACAAGGUCCUGCAUCGGAGCUCAGUCCUGAGGCCCUUGACCUUAGCCGGCCCCGGUGCAGGAUAUCCAGCAACCUUGAGUGACCAGGAGGAUGUGUCCCCCAGAGAGUGCCCUCCAAUCCCCCCAGUUCCUCCUGCUGGUGGGGAUCCCUGUGGUCAGUACCCUGCUUCUGGUUCAGUGUCUCCGGUGGCACUGUCCCCGCUGGCUGCUGGGGCCCUGCUGGAAGCCGGACAGCCACGAGGAGCCAGAGCCCCCGUCCUCUCCACCACCGGAAUUCGAGGUGCCAGGGCAUUGUGUGCCUGCCACCCUGCCGGAGAUAGCUGCCUUCUACCAGGAGCUGCACACGCCCACUCAGGGCCACACUGUCACCCGCCAGCUGAUGAACAAACUGCUGGUGUUCUCGGCCCGCGAGGUGGAUCACCGUGGGGGCUGCCUGCUGCUGCAGGACACAGGCAUCUCCCUACUUAUUCCGCCAGGUGCCGUGGCCUUGGGCCGUCAGGAGCGGGUGUCCUUGAUCCUGGUGUGGGACCUGUCCGAUGCCCCACUGCUGUCCCGCACCCAGGGACUGGUGAGCCCAGUGGUGGCGUGUGGCCCCCACGGAGCCUCCUUCCUGAAGCCCUGCACCCUCACGUUCAAGCACUGUGCCCAGCAGCCGGGCCACGCGCGCACUUAUAGCAGUAACACGUCCCUGCUCGACGCCAAGGCCUGGCGGCCCCUGGGCCAGCCUGGGGCCCACACCUCCUUGGAUGAGUGUCGCAUCCAACUUUCCCACUUCAGCCUCUACACCUGUGUGCUGGAGGCCCCAGUGGGCCAGGCUGCCCGAAAGUGGCUGCAGCUGGCCAUAUUCUGCUCCCCGCUGGCGCCGGGGCAGACUCACCUGCAACUUCGAGUCUACUUCCUCAACAACACACCCUGCGCCCUGCAGUGGGCAGUGACCAACGAGCAGCCCCAUGGGGGGCGCCUGCGAGGGCCCUGCCAGCUCUUCGACUUCACAGGGGCCAGGGGCGACCAGUGUCUGAAACUCAAGUACAUCUCUGAGGGCUGGGAGAACGUGGAUGACAGCAGUUGCCAGCUGGUUCCCCAUCUCCACAUCUGGCAUGGAAAGUGCCCCUUCCGCUCCUUCUGCUUCCGGAGGAAAGCAGCCAAUGAGAAUGAGGACUGUUCGGCACUGACCAAUGAGAUCAUUGUCACCAUGCACACCUUCCAGGAUGGCUUGGAGACCAAAUACAUGGAAAUCCUCAGGUUCCAGGCAUCAGAGGAGGAGUCCUGGGCAGCGCCACCCCCUGUCUCCCAGCCACCCUCCUGCAACAGGCUGCCACCAGAGCUCUUUGAGCAGCUGCGGAUGCUGCUGGAGCCACACAGCAUCACAGGGAAUGACUGGCGUCGGCUGGCCUCCCACCUGGGCCUGUGUGCCAUGAAAAUUCGGUACCUGUCGUGCCAGCGCAGCCCUGCAGCAGCCAUCCUGGAGCUCUUUGAGGAGCAGAACGGCAGCCUGCUGGAGCUGCACUGCCUCAUGACCUCCAUGGAGCGACUGGACUGUGCCUCGGUCAUCCAGAGCUACCUCAGUACAACACCCCACAGCAGCCCGGCCGUGGUCCACAAUCAUGUCUGGGAGAACCAGCACCUGGAGCUGGAUGAGAAGCUCUGAGCACCCACCAGGGUGGGUGGCCGGGGAAAAAUGCGGCCACAGAACCUGCGGGCCAUUCCAGGGACACCUGUGAGCCACCUCCAGGCAUGCAGGUUCUCUCCUGGCCAGUAGGCGGCGUAAGAGCACAGGAGAUGACCACAGCUUGGCCAGCUGCCUGGCAGCUAUUUAUGGACACUGGGCUUCCAGGUGGCUCCCGUGGGCUCUCCAGGUCGACUGUCUGGCCCACAGGCAUUCACUGAACACUUAGUAAGUGCUAGCACUCCAGGGGCAUGCUGGAGUGUUUGAGGUGGGGCAUGGAGCCUGGAGUAAGCUCAGUGCUCUUUUGUCCGGUCAAGGUGACUGCAAGACAGAGCUGCGUUCUGCAGGAGGAGUUGGGAAGGGAGAGAGCUGAGCUGGGCUGCAGUGAGGAGAAGGCCCUGGGUAGGAGGUAGGGAGAGCGCCUGAGGUGGGCUGGGGAGCACGCCCAGAGGCCAGCACUAGGGAGGAGCUGAGGAGCUCUCCUGAGGCCCAGGGGCAGGGCCAGGCCAGCGCGUAGCUGGGCAGUGAUCCCUGCAGCUGCAGUCUCCUCCACCUCCCUCGGUCUCUGCGCUAGCCCUGCCCUCUCUGCCAUGAUCUCUGUUAGAAACCAUUAAUGCUGAGCAGAAGCCUCCGGAUCAACCUUUGUAUCCCUUCAUCUCCAGCUGUGUGACUUUUAAGCUUCGGACUUCAGUUUCCCGCCUCUCUUCCCUGAGACUUCUGCAUCCCCGAAUCCACAUAUUCUGUUACCCAGCACCUUAGCAUCUGUUUGUCUCUACCUGGUUACUGCGCCCUCUCUUUGGCGUAAUUCUCUCUGUCUGAAAUCCUCCGUUGUUACUCCCAGGCAAGUGUCUCCAAACUUAGGUGAUGCAUUGGUGCUAUCCUCACAGUGACUGAGUAGGGAGAUGCUCCUUGUGGAGCAAGAUUCAGUUUGGGGCCAGGAAAUAAAGGAAAGGGACCGAUACCUAGCAAAUGCUACUGUGUGUAAUGCACCAUGUAUGGAAGAUGGGUAUUGCACAGGCAGCGAAGCGUUCUGCUCAGCUCUGUUCUGCAAACAGUUCGCCUUAAUUUGUCCUGGUAAACAUGAAGAGUUUGUCUUUAUAUUUAAUAAAAAUAUGAAUGCUUAUUUUUUAUGAAGAACAA